UUUAUCUGGGGGCGAGGAGUUUUAUAAAUUUUUAGUUUUACAAAAACCCCAGUGGUGCCUUUACAACAAUAACUUCGAUUUAGGACACUUAAACACAUCAACACUUUUACACGCCGAAUAAAUAGUUAUACACACAAAGACGAAACACACAGACAGACAAAGCGAAAGGAGGCAUGGUACAGCAGAGCCUCGAUUCGAAGGACAGUGCUCCCAAGAGCGAUUGCCCUUCCAGCAGCGCAGCUCCUUCGUCCUUUAAGCCAGAUGAAGAUGGGGAGCCCGACUUGUGCGCCUUCUGCCUGGACCGCAUCCAGGAUCCGGAGAGGCUGCACUGCAACCAUGCCUUCUGCAGGAGGUGCCUCCAGUUGUACAGGGAAGCCCGCAGCUGGGUGGCCAGGAGCUGCCCCAUCUGCCGACGCAGUCUGGACGGCGGCGGUGUCCAGGUGACCAAGCAGUUCAACGACGAUUGGCGCCUGUUCGGGUUCAUGAUGGUGGUGCUCUUGCUGCUCAGUCUGGGGCCGUUUUACCUGCUGCUGCUCUACUGGUGAACCGCAGAUUCCCACGGGAGCAGCACCUGAUUUACGAAAAUAUGUAUAUUUGUACUUAGAUAGACGCAAAAGAGAGAUAUAUGCAAACUUGUCAGUGGAUUUUAAUUAAACCCGAAAGCCAUAAAAUGCGA